AUGGCUAGAGCAGCAAAAGACACAAGACCAAUUGCAGAUUAAGCUACAUCCGAAACUGCAUGCACAUACGCAGCCCUCAUAUUGUAUGAAGACAAUUAAGAUAUUGAUGCCACUAAAUUAGCCAAGAUCAUCAAGGCUUCCAAUUUGAGAGUCGAACCAAUUUGGACUAAAGUUUUUGAGAAAGCACUUAAGGGCAAAAAGGUCGGUGAUUUGUUGCAUGGAAGCAGUGGAAGUGCAGGCAGUGCUCCAUAAGCAUAAACUACAUCCACUCCUGCUGCUGCUGAGACCAAAAAGGCUGAGCCAGUCAAGGAAGUCAAGAAAGCUGAAGAACCAGAAGAAGAUGUUGAUAUGGGUGGUUUGUUUGAUUGAAAAUGAAAAUAAAAUCGUACAUUAAUAUUUUAAUAU